GACGUCACUCGCGGGAAUGCCUGUGAAAAAGAAGCGCGAGAUAGAAACUUGGGCGCGCAGUAGUACAUGUUUAGCUGGCGGAUGUUUGUGCGCUGUUUAAUGAGAGUGUUUAUUAUAUUUACUCGACCGUCUCAUUAACACCACAGAUGUUUGUGUGUGUGUAUGGAUGCAGCGCGCUGUCCUCUUAAAGAGCUGUUUUAUUGGAGCAUUUUGAGCAAACAUUAGGGAAAUGUCGUGGUUUGCGCGCGGAGAGGACGAGGAGGAGGCCAUGUGUCAGGACACAGACUCUGAUGUGGCUGACCAGAAGGAUUGUGGGAAAGUGAAGGUGAAGUGGACUCAGGAGGAGGAUGAUAAGCUGCGGAAAUUGGUGCUGAAAUUUGGACCAAAUGAUUGGAAAACCAUUGCUGGCAUUUUACCUACUCGAUCCGAGCAUCAGUGUCAGCAUCGCUGGUUCAAAGUUUUGGAUCCUGAUCUCGUCAAAGGACCCUGGACAAAGGAGGAGGAUGAGAAGGUGAUUGAGCUGGUGAAGAAGUACGGUAACAAGCAGUGGGCGAUGGUGGCCAAGCACCUGAAGGGCCGUCUCGGGAAGCAAUGCCGAGAGCGCUGGCACAACCACCUCAAUCCAGACGUCAAGAAGUCUUCCUGGACUCCAGAGGAAGAUCUCAUCAUCUACAAGGCUCAGUGUGUGCUGGGUAACCGCUGGGCCGAGAUCGCCAAACUGCUUCCUGGAAGAACGGACAAUGCUGUGAAGAACCACUGGAACUCUACCAUCAAGCGUAAGGUGGAGACGGGUUUUUACGCAGGUGUGGAGCCGACGCUCCAGGUGCUCCAGCAGCCGGACAGUGAGGAGACGGAGCAGGUGCUUCAGCAGCCCUCUCAGGACACAGAGACGAUGGGGAAGGAUGCUGAUGCACAUGAGAAAGUCUCCUCUGCUGCACACAGAGCUGCGUCCUCUCCCCAGACCCCGACGGCUCCAGCGAGCCCCAGGAGUGAAGCGGGAGACUCUGCUGGGUCCACGUGGGUGAUGGACCGCUCCGGCUUCCUCUCUCCCUCAGCAGCCCCCACACUGAAGGAGGUGAUGGAGCUGAUGGAUGGGGAUCUGGAGGGCUGGUGUACGAUGUCGGACUUCGAGCUCCCGGAGGAGAGCCAGAGCCCCGAGCUGCUGCAGUUUCGUCUGGAGGGCAGCACCCUGCAGGAGCUCAGCAAGGGCAGCAAAGGGGAACUCAUCCCCAUCUCCCCCGGCGGGGCGACCCCUCCGUCCAUCCUGAGCCGCCGCACCCGCCGACGCAUCGCCCUGUCACCUGACCCCAACGACUCCAGGACCCCCAAGAGCACACCGGUCAAAAUCCUGCCCUUCUCUCCUUCACAGUUCUUUAAUAAGUGGACCAAGCAGGACGCGCUGGACCUGGAGAAUCCCUCUCUGACGUCGACUCCUGUGUGCAGCCAGAAGGCCCUGGUCUCGACCCCCCUGCACCGGGACAAAACCCCGCUCACGCUGAAGGACAACUCCCUGUUUAUCACACCAAAUCACAAAUCUAAUCUGGACACCACCCCCCGGACCCCCACUCCAUUUAAAAACGCCUUGGAGAAAUACGGCCCCCUGCGGCCCCUGCCUCCGACCCCAAACUUGGAGGAAGACCUUAAAGAAAUGUUGCGCAAUGAGGCAGGAAUUGAGUUGAUCGUAGAAGACGAAACUCCUGCAGAGAAGAAACGCAAACAAGUGCACCGGCCGCCGAUGAAGAAAGUGCGUAAGUCUCUGGCUCUGGAUGUCAUUGACUGCAGUGAGACCGCUGCUGCACGAAAACUGCAAAUUAAACAGGCGGUCCAGACGAGUCAGAAGGCUCAGAUGGGACGGUCGCUCUCUCUCGUCUCCUCUUGUGCAGUGAAGAAGGAAGAGAACCUGCUGGAUCAAGGGUUCAUUCUUGGCCCGAAUGAGAGCGGGCCGCCCACUAAACCUGUGCCCCCCACACUGAAACAGAGUCCUCCGAUACCUAUGUCUCCAGUCUGGGAAACGGUUGUCUGUGGACGGACACAAGACCAGCUGAUCAUGACGGAGAAAGCCAGGCGGUACCUUCGCUCUUUAAAAUCUCACGCCCCAAACCGAGCGCUCAUUCUUUCCUGAUCCCACACAGCUUCUGGAUGUUUUUUUACAAAGCAUAAUGUGUUAAAUUUGUGUUGGUUAAAAAAAGUCAUGUAGAACAUGAAACCAAUUACUUGUUCCAGAACAGACAUUUAAUGCUGAUAAUGCUUUUGUCCUGUUUUCUGUGGCAUAUUAGCACAUUCAGAGCACCAUUUACUUCAUUUAACCCUGUAUAAUAAGUGUAUUGCUAUUUUGUUUUAUUUAUGUAUUGUCAGCCUGUUUUGAUGUGACCGCAAGCAUUUUGCGGCAAAUAUAAAAUGGCGAACAUCCCAAGCCGAGUAAACAAUCAGGUUACCGUUCAGGGAUCUCAGUAUCGUUUUAUUCACAUUGUCUGUGUUUGUGUAUAACUAGACAUCUGCUAGACUCGGCUCAUGUGAUGUACAGUCUAUUGAAAGACACAGGUUGACAUUUUCCCUGGCUUUAGGAGGGUCAGCAUGUUGUAAAAUAACAUCUAGGACCUUAGGUUCAGGCCUUAAUUCGGUGUGCAUAGAAACAUGAAAAAAUGGUAACACUUAGACCAUAUAUUCCUGUAACUAGCAUAGAAAAAAAAAAAAAACAAUUUCAGGAAAAUGGGACUAGUUUAUUAUCUUGUCUAAAUCAAAUAUACAGGAGCAUCUCAGUUCAUUUAUUUCUGUAAUUCAACUCAAAUUGUGAAACUUGUGUUUUAAAUAAAUUAAAUGCACACAGA